AUGCAUUCUUUGGUCCAGCUGGUGCAAAACAAUGAAAUCAAUGUGUUAUACCAGUCGCCGGUAUUCAACGAUAUCUACCUUGGAAAGUUGCAUGAUGUACCUUUUCAAGCAAAUGGGGUAGCAUAUAAGCAUGGAUACUAUCUUACUGGCGAUAUAUAUCCUCCCUUGUCUGUUUUUGUGAAAUCGUUUACAUGUCAUAAUGACCCGAAAAGAAAAAAGUUUAAAGAGGCGCAAGAGUCAGCUAGGAAGGAUGUGGAGCGAACAUUUGGUGUACUUAAGAGACGUUGGCAAACGAAGGAAGAGCGAUAUGCCGAUACAACAAAAAUUAAGUUUUGCCAAAUGUCGAAGGAGGAGCCAUUGCCCCCGUUAGAGUUUCCUCACGAUGAUUUAUUUGACGAUUUAGAUGAGGAUUCUGAUAUGUUCGUCGAGAGUGAAGAUUCUGAUGACGAGAGUGACGCCGGGGAGAAUGAUGAAGACGAUCAAGACGAUGACGAGGACGAUGAGGGCAAUGACGAACACGAUGAUUCCGAGUGA